UUAUGUUAACGCAAACAAAAAAUCGAUUUAGUUCGACGAGGAAAAACGACCCCCGCGUCCAACACACCAGCCCCAAGGCAGAGGGAGAUUAGUAGUAGUAACGACAGUCCUUCAAACAUUACGCAGCCAAUCGUCGGGCUAUACUCCAAGGUUUAGCCAGCAGAGAGUAAAAGAAAAAGAAGUGUGAAGAUAGCACAGAACGUGCAGCGCAAACGAAACAAGUGAAAGUGCAAAAUUAUAACAUAAAUCUAUGCGACUGGCGUUUUCAACAAUUUCUUCCAGCCAGUAACAACCUCAGUCGACGUCAGCCCCAGUAGCACCCAGCAUCGAGAACGGAGCGUUUCCACCCCCAACAAAAAAAAAAGAGUGCACGCCGCCAACCGCGUCGUUGACAUCAAGCCACAGAGAGCACCAACAACAGCAGCAACAGCAACACGAUGGCUUUCGCUGGAUUGAAGAAACAGAUCAACAAAGCCAAUCAGUAUGUGACGGAGAAAAUGGGCGGUGCGGAGGGCACCAAGCUGGAUUUGGACUUUAUGGAUAUGGAGCGUAAGACGGAUGUGACCGUGGAGCUAGUGGAGGAACUGCAGCUGAAGACCAAGGAGUUCCUACAGCCAAAUCCAACGGCACGCGCCAAAAUGGCCGCCGUCAAAGGCAUCUCGAAGCUGUCGGGACAAGCUAAAUCCAAUACGUAUCCACAGCCUGAAGGUCUGUUGGCUGAAUGCAUGUUGACUUAUGGUAAGAAGCUCGGCGAGGACAACAGCGUGUUCGCGCAGGCGCUCGUCGAAUUCGGCGAAGCGCUAAAACAAAUGGCCGACGUCAAGUAUUCGCUGGACGACAACAUCAAGCAGAACUUUUUGGAGCCCCUGCAUCAUAUGCAGACCAAAGACCUAAAGGAGGUCAUGCACCAUCGAAAGAAGCUGCAGGGCCGGCGUCUCGACUUUGACUGUAAGCGUCGUCGGCAGGCCAAAGAUGAUGAAAUUCGUGGUGCUGAGGACAAGUUUGCCGAGUCAUUGCAAUUGGCACAAGUAGGCAUGUUCAAUUUGUUGGAAAACGAUACCGAACAUGUCUCCCAACUCGUGACCUUCGCUGAAGCACUUUACGAUUUUCACUCUCAAUGCGCCGAUGUGCUGCGUGGCCUGCAGGAAACGCUACAGGAAAAACGUGCCGAGGCAGAGAGCCGGCCACGCAAUGAAUUUGUGCCCAAGACGCUGCUCGAUCUGAACUUGGACGGCGGUGGCGGCGGCCUCAAUGAUGACGGCACGCCGUCCCACAUUAGCUCGAGCGCCUCGCCGUUGCCCUCGCCGAUGCGCUCGCCCGCCAAGUCAAUGGCCGCCACACCACAUCGCCAGCAGCAGCCAUGCUGCCAGGCCCUCUACGACUUUGACCCCGAAAACCCAGGUGAACUGGGCUUCAAGGAGAACGACAUCAUAACGCUACUCAAUCGCGUCGACGACAAUUGGUACGAAGGCGCCGUCAAUGGCCGAACCGGCUACUUCCCCCAGUCCUAUGUGCAGGUGCAGGUCCCCCUGCCCAAUUAGAUUGCCUGUAUUGACCAUAAAUAAACUGAAUGUUGGUUUCGCAGCUUGGCACAUAGUAUAAAUGCAAAAAAGAAAACAUACAAAUGUAGACGGUUAUACGCGAAUUAAUAUGGUUUAGAGUUAUGAUAACGGCUUAGCUAGCACAGCACAUUCACGAGGCCAUAAAAACAUCUAUUGAAACGGCGCAAAUGCGAAACAAAAAACGAAAAACAAAUACAAAAAUACAAAAGAAAAGAAAAAACGACAGCAAACUAAAUUAAAAUGCGAAAUUUUACCAGUUGGCAAAACAAUAACUACAAAUUAUUAAUUACAAUUAAAUUAAAGUAUGUAAUUGUGUAUGUACUACUAA